GAACACGUCGAUUGUCUGGAUCCUUGGAAACCAUGAUGACGACCUAAGUCCGCCAUGGGGCGCAGUGGUGCCUUCGGCGCCUUCGCGGCCGCGGCGUCCCUGGCGGAGCCGGCCAAGCAGGUCUCCAAGAGCCCCGAGGUCUCCAAGCUUUCCGGCGCGCCACCGGCCGUGCCUCAGCUAGGUCUUGAAGAGGUCAGGGCCCUUCUUGAGGAGCUGCGCACGGUGUCGAGCAGCGCGAAGUUCCAGAAGGACUUGCAACAGCUCCGGAGCCUGGACUGGGGCGCCUUCAAGAAACGUGAGGCCGUCGCGAAGCUGCUGUCGAUCUUUUGGAAAGCUCCACUGCGGCGCUUCGGUUUUAGCAUCGACGGGCAUGGCUUCCCGCACCUACUGCAAGUGGUCAAGGCCAAUGCUCAUCAGCCGGGCAUCCGCUUGAUGAGCCAUGAGGUGGAAAAGCAGCUGCGCAUGGUCCCCGGGAGCCUCUUUGGUCUCACCGCUGAUGCCAAAAGCUGGAAGGAGGCCGACAGUCAGCAAGCCGAGCGCGUCAACGGGAACGUGAACGGAAAGGCCGCGACGGUGGCCAAGGAUCUUCGGGGGCGACCGAUGUUCCUGGGUGAAGCCAAGGAGAUCCUGAAGGCCUUCAAGGAGUCCCUCCUGUGUCCCGCAGUGGUCAGGAGCAUGCAAAACAUCGAGCAGCGAGGCGGCGUUCGCAUGGAGCAGCAUCGCCGCGUGCUGAUCACGCAGGAGUGGAAUCCCAUCAUGAAGCGCUUCGACUUCCCGACGACGGAGGCCGGCUACGAAGCCAUGAAGGUUGGCAUUAGGCAGUUCGCUGAGAACGACUACGUCCGUUCCUCUAGCCACGAGGUGGAGCGCCUCUGUGGCGCACCGGCUGGGAGCUACUUCGGGAUCCCCACAGAGGAGGAGAUGGCCGCUGGUCGAGCACUUGAAGAAAAGAGGAAGGCGGAGGAAGCUCGUAAAGCCGAAGAACGGCGGAAGGCUGCAGAAGAGGAGCGAAAGAAGCGUGAAGAGAAGGCCAGAAGAAGAGAUGAAGAAGAGGCCAAAAGAAAAAGGGACGAGGAAGAGGCUAGAAGGAAGGAAGAAGAAGAGGUCAAAAGAAAAAGGGAGGAGGAAGAAGUAGCCAAGAGGAGAAGGGAGGAAGAAGAAGUCAGAAGGAAGAAGGAAGAGGAAGAGGCCAAGAGGAAGGAGGAACAAGAGGCCAACCGGCGAAAAGAAGAAGAGGCUAGCAGAAGAAAGGAAGAAGAGGAGGCCAGCAGAGAGGAAGCAGAUACAAUGAGACCAGAAGACUCCAGUGAGAGAAGAGAAGAACCGGCUGAGCCGCGUGCCACCCCCGAGAUGAGACCAGCACAGCCUCCACCUUGCGAGGAAGUCGCUUGUGACCUGCAAGAAGAGGCCUGCGAGGUUUCCGUGAGAGAAGAUGAAGAGGGAAAAGCUGAGGUAAAACAGGAAUCCCAGGGGGAGCUUUCUGAACACUCUGCCAAGCAGAAAGCCGAAGAAGAACGAAGGAUCAAUGGAGACGCCAAGCUGGAAGCGGACUUGGAAGCGAGGAUCAAACGCAGUGAAGAGGCCAAAGAUGCCGCAACGAAGGAGGAGUUGGGUCCAACGCCCCAACCAGAGAUUUCCGCUCCCAGAGACCGGCACACCAUCGACUCCCCAGCCAUUCCAGAGCUUCCAGAGCCGCCGAACACGCUUUGCUUCGAGACCUCGGUCCAGCUGCCCCUCUUCCGCGCCACGUCCGCCACGACCGAAGACGUCGUGGGCGUGGCGCCCCUGGGCGCGCGGCUCCGGGGCACCGUGGAGGAGACGAACUGGCUCCGGCUGCUGCCACAGAGCUGUCGAGCUCUUGGGGCUUUGGCAGAGGUGGCGUAUCUUCCUUUGGAGGAGCUGGUGCCUGCGAUUGGCUCGGAUCCGGUGGCGGUGGGACAUGCUGGACGCUUCAGAGUGAGUGCCAAGCAGGCGGCGGUGCGGGCGCACCCGGAGCUUCGGGGGAAGGUGGUUGGCGUGGUCCACGUGGGGCGGAUGCUCAUGGGCACACCGCACAAGGUGGCUGGACACCUCUGGCUCCGCUUCGAGGGGAGCUCUUGGAGAAAGGUCGCCGACGAAGAGGCUUGGGCCUUGAUCCAAGACGUGUGCGGCGCGAGCAUUUUAGAGCCCUUGGAUGCUGAUGGCCAGCGAGCGUUGCGCUCCUAUCAAGGCAGCCUAGCUCCUGCCGCUCCACCGCCUGCGGAGCCCAGUUCAGCUCCGCCAGCGCAGCUUUCUGCGCCGCUCGCGCCGGCGACAGCGCCGGAGAAAGCACCGCCGGCCGAGCCGGCGAAGGCGCCGGCGGAGAAGCAGCAGACACCUGUGACCGACCCGGUGAAGGUCGCUCAGCGCAUGGACGCGGCCUCGUUGGCUCGAAAGCAGCUUCAGGGGCCUCUGGAGUACCGCGUCUUGGCUGAAGACCACAGCGCCCCAGUGCGCAAGGAGCCCUUGGUGCAGAGUCCCCAGGUGGGCAAGCUGGAACGAGGGGAGCUGGUCUAUGGCUACCCGGGCGGCGGUUGGCUGCAGUUGGCUGAGUGCGACCUGGAAAACUCCUGGGUCUUCAUCGGCCAGCGGCUGCUCGCCUGCUGGGGCGAACUCCGGGUCACCGCACGGACCUACGAUGCGCUGGAGGUCACCUGGCCUGGGCUUCACCAGGAGAAGCGGGUGGCCUACAACGUCGAGUGGCGCACCCCUGAGGGCGCUGCCAAGCAAAUGCGGGGACACAAGGUCUCGGCGAGCAACAAGGUGGUUGUGGGCAACCUGCCACAGGGGCUCCUUUGCUUGCGCGUGGGCGCCCGCGUGGCUGGCGAAGGCAACAAUGACGAGCAGGAUGUGAAGCUGUGGGGGAGCUGGGUGGAGCUGCAAGCGGGAGACGCCUAGGCCGAUCCAAGAGCACAAGAGCAGCGACAUCGGUGAAACUCGUAGGUCUAGGUCCACACCACGUGGGGCUCACGAUGUCUUCAAUCCAUGAAUUUUUGACGUAGAUUUCCGAUUUGGAAUCCCAAUGAUUACGAUUCAAUUUGAAUCUUGGGAAAAUCUGGCGGAAAUACCUUUGAACGAUUCAAUGGGGA